AUGCGCAGUGCCGUGCAGCUAUUCUGGAUGGUACUCGGAUGUGGUUUGCAUUUAUGCAUGUUGAUACCAAUUGACAACGGCGUCGAAGGAGAUCCUGAAGUGGAGUGUGGCGCAAAUGUCAUUGUUAUCAACUUUAACACGCAAAAUCCUUUCGAAGGACAUGUGUAUGUGAAGGGUUCAUUCAGUGAUAAGACAUGCAGAAGUACAGACAGCGGACAUCGAGUUGCCGGAAUAACAGUUCCAUUCGACCGAUGUAAUGUAAUGAGAUCGAGAUCACUGAAUCCUCGAGGGAUAUUUGUUAUAACGACUGUUGUAAUCACUUUUCAUGUAACUAAAUUUCCAUUCAUUUCAAGAAUACAUAAAACAGUAUACGGGGACAAAGCGGUGAACAGUGGUUCGCUUCUC